CCAGCUGCAGCCAUCCUCAGAAGAUGAACACAGCAUGCAGCAGCCAAAGCACAUCCCGCCGCACUUCUACGACGCAGACACACAGGACCUCGUCGUCCUCAUUGCAGAUAUGAUCCACCAGCUCAUCGCACACAACGACAGACUCCCCCUCACACCCGCAGGCCUCACGCGCUUCCACUCCCGCGCACCGCCAGCCAUCAGUGUACAGGACUACCUCUCCCGCAUCGUCCGCUACACCUCCCUCGAACGCAUUGCACUCCUCAGUACCGUCGUGUACAUCGACAGACUCUGCAGUGCCUUCCCUGCCUUUGUUGUUUCCUCACUCACCAUCCAUCGUUUCCUCAUCACUGCCACGACGGUCGCAAGCAAGGGCCUGUGCGAUGCCUUCUGCACCAACACCCACUAUGCAAAAGUAGGCGGUGUCACCCUCUCCGAGCUCAAUGUCCUGGAACUCGAGUUCCUGGCGAAGCUCGGUUGGCGCAUCCUCAGUAAUCCACAGGAGCUACAGACGUACUAUGUCAAUCUCUCCCUCAAUUCACCCAAAUUCAAACGCAUGUUGAGUGAUGAGGAGCAGAGAUUACUGGCGCAGAGUCCGCCAAGUCAGGCAACAGAAGCAACGCAAGAGGAGACCCUGGAUGCGAUAACAACAACGCCCAUCGCUGCGGCACCACCACAGAUCGCUUUGACCCAGGCGCGUCUUCAUCCCCAGCCAACACCAACUCCGUCACAGCCGUGCGUUUGGUAG